AAAAUAAUCACAGUGGACACUUCGGAAGAAGCCACACUGAGAUAAUCUGGACUUCCAGGAUAAAAACAUGAGAAGAAAAGCUCCUCAUUCCCCAUAAUCUGCUAGUGGGAUUAAUGUAUAAGCCACGAAUGGAGGAGGAGGACACCAUGACUACCGCAAUGGUCAGCAAACUUGAUGAAAAUGGAACCUACUCUGCACUUCUCAGGCAAACUAAGGAAUGCCAUGUGGAUUCUGAGUUCAGAUAUCUACUGUUUACCAUCUACUACAGCAUCAUUUUCAUUCUGGGCUUUGUAGCGAACACCUAUGUGCUGUGGCUUUUCACUCGGCUUUACGCUAAGAAGAAAUUAAAUGAAAUAAAAAUAUUCAUAGUCAACUUAACAACUGCUGACUUGCUUUUCCUGGUUACAUUGCCAACAUGGAUUGUUUACUACAACAACAAAGGGAAUUGGAUCAUGCCCAGUUUUCUGUGUAAUAUAGCUGGCUACUUAUUUUUCGUCAAUACGUACUGCUCUGUGGCAUUCCUGGGAGUAAUAACAUACAAUCGUUACCAAGCCGUCACAAAGCCCAUUUCAACCGUUCAAUCCAGCACACGAAGAAGAGGAAUUUAUGUCACAUUGGCUAUCUGGGUCCUAAUAGGUGUUCCUUCCAUCUAUUUUUUAGUUGAUAAUGGCACAACCACUGAGGGGCACCUGACUCGGUGUUUUGAGCGCUAUGACACCAGCGGUAAUACAACUCCUAUUCUUGCCUUCCAUGUGGUUAUUUGUAUUUGUUUCUUCGUUGCUUUCCUGCUUGUCUUGGUAUGCAAUGCUUUCAUUAUCCGGACAUUGAUGUCAAAAUCACUGCAAAGUCGGAGGAGCGCCCAUGUCAGGCAACGGGCCCUUUGGCUAGUGACCACAGUUCUGACUGUCUUCAUUCUCUGUUUUGUGCCUCACCACUUGGUGGAUCUACCCUGGACUUUGAUGGUUCUGAAGAAGUGGGACAUAAGCUGCCAAAAGCAAAAAAUAUUAAAUGAUAUCCACCAGGUUACCCUUGUUCUUCUGGGUGCCAACUGUGUCUUGGAUCCUAUCAUUUAUUGUUUUCUCACAAAAAAAUUCAGGAAACAUCUUUCUGAAAAUUUGAAAAACAUAAAAGACAGUCGAAAAUGUUCCAGGCAAACAACUGACACUGUAAUGGAGGGGAUGGUACAAUUAGACAAUUGUUUGCCUGCAUCCCCCAAACCUUAAAAGUAUUUUGAAUGCAACGUGCAGGAAGGUAUUUCUGGAACAGCAAAAAAAUGCCAAAGAACAUACAUUUGGUUAUAAUUUGCAUAUGUUAAAGGACAAGCAUAUACUGCAUAUAAAUUAGGGAAUACAAUAUAUUUCCUUACAAAGAGCAAAGAUUAUAAUCGGGAGCUUUGUGUGUCUCUUUGAUUUGCUGCCCAGAUGUCCAGCUUUUGGAAGUCUACUUUUCAUACUUAAGGAAAUGGACUGAACAUCUACACUGACAGACCUUCUGAUUGAAAAUUGUAAAGCGGAAUGAAAUGGUGACUUUCUUACAGAAGAGCAAGAUUUACUUAUCAGUAUCAAGUAAAAGCUAAUGACUAGCAAGGCUUCUUGGCAAUUUAGGGUUGCAACUCUUGUCUAAAAACAGUAAGAGCUGGAGGCCACGUAACACAAAGGCAAGAACUCUGAAAGGAGACACCAUAUCUCAAAGGAGACGACUUUGGGUAUUUGGGAAAUAAUGUGUGAAUCUCUUAUUUGAAAGCUGGAUAAGACAUUGUUGCAGUUGUGAUGCAAUAUAUAUUUGAUAAUCAGUAUUUUUUUUCAUCCUGAGAUACUUCUAAACUCUUGGGCAUCAUUUGGCACACAUCCGAUCUUUCUUGGGACCUACUGCCAAUACCUAGGACAGGGCUAUAGGAUUCCUUUCCAUCAAACAUUCUGUUCUCAUGGAUAUACUCUUUCUUUUGCUCUUUUGCCAUUCCUUCCUAUCAAGAAAGGCUGAGAGAUACAAACCAAAACUUACAGACUACUUAACACUUAGGGGUUAGUCAAGAAUCCACCUGUAGAUUUAGAAGUUGAGAUAGGAAACAAGAUGACCUAUCUUGAAACAAGCCUGGAGUAUAAGAGAGCCGUUGCCUCUAGUCCCUCAAAAAUGGAUUCUCAUUCUUUUCUUUGCAAUCAUAUCUAUGUUAAAAUAAAAGCUACAUUACAAGCUUAGAUGAAAUUAAGACUUCUGGCACAUUAUGCCCAUUUCAAUGUAUUUUCCUUCUCCACAUCUGUAACCUUUCACAUUUUGACAGGCACGCGUCUGAGACAGGAGCCUCUUGUAUCCAUGAAGGCAGUGGUGAAAUUCAGUUUUUCCUCCUACUGGUUCUGUGGCGUGGCUUGGUGGGCGUGGC